CUCAGCCUCCAAGGUUGCCAUAGUGACGCACCUUCAUCUAGUAAGACGGUCUUUUGUUGCUAUGGUAACAGCGCAGUUUCCUCCCCCCUGAAGAUAAUUCUCAGCUCUCGCGGUAUUUACCCUGUCAGCUCCGGACACCGGCCGCACAAAGGGACCGGGCGCUGCGAGGGGUUCCGUAAUACUCUUUUCAGACAUAAUGGCAACUCCGACGGCCGUGAACCCCAGCGAAAUGACAACAGACAUCCCGGGAUCUGUGAGUUUGCCUGGGGCCACAAUGGCUGCUGGACAAGUGAGGAUGGCAGCGGCCAUGCCAGCGCGGGGAGGAAAAAGACGCUCAGGAAUGGAGUUCGACGAUGAAGACGGAGAAGGACCCAGUAAAUUUUCAAGAGAGAAUCACAGUGAAAUUGAAAGACGUCGGAGGAAUAAGAUGACACAGUACAUCACAGAGCUGUCCGACAUGGUUCCCACCUGCAGUGCCCUCGCACGUAAACCCGACAAGCUCACCAUCCUGCGCAUGGCCGUGUCUCACAUGAAAUCCAUGAGGGGGACAGGGAAUAAAUCCACGGACGGAGCUUAUAAACCCUCCUUCUUGACAGAACAGGAGCUGAAGCAUCUCAUCCUGGAGGCCGCGGAUGGUUUCCUUUUUGUGGUGGCAGCAGAAACUGGGAGAGUGAUCUAUGUAUCGGACUCUGUCACCCCUGUGUUAAACCAGCCACAGUCGGAGUGGUUUGGGAGCACGUUGUACGAACAGACGCACCCCGACGACAUCGAGAAACUCAGGGAACAGCUGUGCACCUCGGAGAACUCCAUGACAGGCCGUAUUCUGGAUUUGAAAACUGGCACAGUGAAGAAGGAGGGCCAGCAGUCUUCGAUGCGCAUGUGCAUGGGCUCCAGACGCUCAUUCAUAUGCAGGAUGAGGUGUGGUAAUGCCCCCUUGGAUCAUUUACCUCUUAACAGAAUAAGUACGAUGCGCAAAAGAUACAGGAACGGCUUAGGUCCAGUGAAGGAAGGGGAAGCACAGUAUUCUGUGGUUCACUGUACCGGGUACAUUAAAGCCUGGCCACCUGCAGGUAUGACUAUCCCUGAAGAAGAUGCAGAGGUGGGCCAAGGGAGCAAAUACUGCUUGGUUGCUAUUGGGAGGCUACAGGUCACAAGUUCCCCUGGGUGCUUGGACAUGAACGGAAUGUCUCUUCCAACCGAAUUCUUAUCACGACACAGCACUGACGGAGUCAUCACUUUUGUGGAUCCACGGUGCAUCAGCGUGAUUGGGUACCAACCACAGGACCUCUUGGGAAAGGACAUAAUUGAAUUUUGUCACCCUGAAGAUCAGAGUCAUCUUCGGGAAAGUUUCCAGCAGGUGGUGAAGUUAAAAGGACAGGUGUUAUCAGUGAUGUAUCGAUUUCACACAAAGACACGGGACUGGAUGUUGCUUCGCACCAGCAGUUUUACCUUCCAGAACCCAUAUUCUGAUGAGAUUGAAUACAUUAUAUGUACCAACACCAAUGUAAAGCAAGUGCAGCAGCAGCAGGCCGAGCUAGAAGUUCAUCCAAGGGACAGCCUGUCCUCCUAUGACCUGUCACAGGUUCCGGUACCAAACCUUGCAGGGACCGUUCACGAAGGGGGGAAAACCGUGGUUGAUAAGCCAGAUCCCAUUUUUUCUCAAGACCGUGACCCACGCUUCGCUGAGAUGUUUGCUGGAAUCACAGCCUCCGAAAAGAAAAUGUUGUCGGCGUCAGGCAGUGGAACUCAGCAGCUGUACUCAACAGGCAGCCCCUUCCAGCCUGGACACAGUGGCAAGUCGUUCAGCUCUUCAGUGGUCCAUGUUACUGGAGUUAAUGAGAUCCAGUCACCAACAGGUACAGCACAAAAUUUGUCUCAGAUAUCCCGUCAGAUUAACGCUGGACAGGUCUGGACAGGAAGCCGACCACCCUUUCAGGGUCAGCAAAUCACUUCACAAUCCAGUAAAGCUCAGACUUCUCCUUUUGGGAUUGGAACAAGCCACACGUAUACAUCGGACCCCUCUACGUACAGCCCGCUAUCCAGCCCCACCACUUCGUCACCAAGUGGCAAUGCAUACUCCAGCUUAGGAGGAAGAAGCGCCGCAUUUACUGAAACAGGACAAAGCAGUGGUCAGUUCCAGGGCCGUGCAUCUGAAGUGUGGUCCCAGUGGCAGAGCCAGCAUCAUAACCAGCAGAGCAGCGAGCAGCAUUCUCAUCAGCAGCCAGGACAGGCAGAAGUGUUCCAGGACAUGCUGCCCAUGUCUGGAGAUCCAACCCAGGGCACCGGUAAUUACAACAUUGAAGACUUUGCUGACCUGGGGAUGUUUCCUCCAUUUUCUGAGUAACAUCUCGUGAAGCUCAGUAUCCUUCUCUGUGUCACUUAUAUCAGCUUUGUAAUCGUAAAAUGGUGACAACUAUGACUUGUUUUCCUGUGGGCUGUUACAGAGUCUCUGCUCAAUGGGAAUCGUGUGCCGUAUUUAUGAAUACAUUUGCAACUCUGCUGGAAAGAAACCGUCUGGAAAGCUAGAUCAUUGCCCAGAAGCUUCAUGUGCCAAAGUUAAUAGUUAAUGGAAGGCAGACUUUUGUGACUUUUAUUUCUCUCUUUAAUCAAUGUAUAGUGUUAAGACCUUUUUGUUGCCGACAGUUGGGCUAACUGUAAAUUACAAAAUAAUUUUAACUUUCAACACUAACUCUUAAAGUAUAAAAGCAUCAUAUAAGUGAAUGGCGCAUGCAACUAAUGGGGCGAGUGAAUGUAUUAUCAGAUGUGUAGAGGAAGUUGAAUUGGUUUAGCAGAUGCUAAAGGAAAGCCCAGGUUACAAGUGGUAUUGAUGUGGAAGGAAUUCUCACAGUGGAUGUAAUUGACCGUAUACUGUACAAAACAGCAGUUCUGAAUGUUACCAGCAGAUUUGUCUUAUGUUUUAAUCACUCUUUCAGAGGAAACGACUUGUCUAAUGUUGUGUGAUGCCAACGGCUGGUAUUUUGUUUCCAUUUCAGAGGAGAGAUGGAGCUUUUUUUGUUGUCUCAUUGCUGAAGAGUUAACGUUGUUGCCAUGUUCUCUCAUGAUUCCCAUGUCCUGGAGAGAUUUCUCAUGUUCUGGAGUAAACCAGAAAUGUGUCAUGUGUUUUUCAUGUGACCAGUUCUGGUUACUAAUCUGUUGUAACUGAAUCUAUUGAGCUGUUAAUGUUGAUGUGACCAGUAAUGUAUAAACUUUGUAUUUUGUACUACUGAAUGUUCUAUACUAAUAUCUAUUGCAUUGUGCAUAGUCUAGCUAUGCUGUCCUCUGCUGAUGUCAUUUCAAUAAAGACGUGACACUGGCA